AUGGCUGGUCCUCCGCCUCUGCAGGGCAUCAAAGUGCUCGAGUUUGCCGGCCUUGCGCCAGGUCCAUUCGCCGGCAUGCUCCUCGCUGACGCCGGAGCCUCUGUCCUCCGCAUCGAUCGCGCGCAGAACGGCGCAUCGCACCAGAUCGGCGGCGGCGCACUCCCUACCGAGGACAUGCUAGCACGCCACAAGGCCUCUAUCGCCGUCGACCUCAAGGCGCCGCGCGGCAUCGCCCUGAUCAAGCGCCUGGUCGCCAAGGCAGACGUCAUCAUCGACCCCUUCCGGCCCGGCGUCCUCGAGAAGUUGGGCCUCGGGCCGGACGUGCUGUGCGCCAUCAACCCGCGGCUCAUUUACGGCCGCAUGACGGGGUUCCGGCGCGACGGCAAGUAUGCGACCAUGGCCGGACACGACAUCAACUACCUCGCCGUAUCGGGCGCCCUGGGUCUCCUCGGCCGUGAAGACGAGAAGCCGCACCCGCCGUGGAACAUCUUCGCCGACUUCGCCGGUGGCGGCGCCGUGCUCUUCCAGGGCGUCCUCCUCGCUGUGAUCGCGCGCCAGACCUCGGGCCGCGGGCAGGUUGUUGAGGCCAACAUGGUCGAUGGCAGCUCAUACUUGGCCACAUUCCCACGCAUGGCUCUCAAGACGUCCAUAGGUGACAAGGGCCGCGGAAAUAACUUGCUCGACGGCGGGUGUCCCUGGUACGACACGUACGAAACUGCGGAUGGCAAGUACAUGGCUGUUGGCGCACUGGAGCCCCAGUUCUUCGCCGUGCUGAUGAAGGGCCUCGGUCUAUCAGGCCAGGGUUGGGAAGAGGGCCGUAGCGACGUCACCCGGUGGCCAGCCUUCCGACUUCUGCUGGCCGAUACCUUCCGAAGCAAGACGCGAACCCAGUGGGAGACAAUCUUCGACGGUACGGACGCGUGCUGCACCCCCGUGCUGGAGUAUCCGGAGCUCGAGUGCCAGCCGGGUCGGGAGGGCGACCAGCGGCCGGUGGUGACACUGCGGGAGACGCCGUGCCUGGCUGUCAAGCAGGGCGCCGCGCUGGUAGAUGCCGCGCAGUACGGCCAGGGUAGCGGUGUAGCAGGAGAUGGGUACGAGGGACAACCGCUUGCGCCGGGAUCGGGUGGUGAAGGAGUGUUGAGAGACUGGGUGGGCUGGCAGAGCGGGAGAGAGUAUGAGGUCAAAGGAGGCGGGUUGGUGUUGAAGGAUGGAGAGACGUCAAAGCUGUAG